AUGAUUAGAAAUACUGUAAAGAGUUUUAUUAAUAAAGAAACAUUGGUUGUUAUUCUUAUACUAAUUGGGAUUCUUAUUGUAAUAACAAUUUGUAUUCCAAUUGUUUAUGUAACUGGAAGACGUACAGCUACAGAAAUAUCUUCAAAUAAUCAAAGUCUAAUGAAUCCUCCACCAGACUAUCGUCAAAAUAAAUGUACAAAAUCGAUGUCAUCGAUUACAGUAAUAUUUUCUUUAGAAAAUCAAGAACCAUUUCCAUAUAAAUUACAUUAUUAUAUUUAUCGUCCAAGUCCUUUAACAACAACAAUUUUUUUGAUCUUUGGUUUCCGUCAUGAUGUUAGCUCUUGGUCAUUAGAUAAAGUUUCAUUUGUUGAUAAAACAUAUAAUAAAGAUCUUAUUAAAGAUGGUGAUUUUGAAUUAAAUUAUUUAAAUAAAAAUUAUAGACAAUGUAUAUUAUCAAAUACACGAAGUUCAAUAAGUGAUAUUUUAUCUGAUAUUCCUUAUUCAGGUGAUUAUUAUUAUAAUGAUGAAACUAAAGUUGGAAUGAAUUAUUUAAUUCAAACAAUUGAUGGUAUUGCAGAAGGAUAUUAUAAUAUAUCAUUCUAUCUUGAAAAUAGAGGUUAUUCAGAAAAUUAUUUUGUUCUUCUUGUUGGAUCUUAA